GUUCAUUAAAUGCUAGCGUCCGACGUUGUUAAACGUGAGCUGCAACCGACCGGGUGGUCGAGCUUGGAUUGAUGUUUUCCGAAACGACAGAUAGCCGCUAGUCUUGCAGGAAACGGCGACAGCAUACUAGCACAGAUGACGUUUUUGUUCCGUGCGGUCGAUAAGCUGGGUGAGGUGGCAGACCAGUUUGCCGAUCAUGCCUCCGUUUUUUAAGGAUCGUCUCUCUGUCGACAAUAUAGAAUGUUGAUCGUUGUAAUGCAUUUUAUUAUAUAUUAUCUUUAAAAACUUAACUUAUUGAACAGCUAUUACCAGUAGGUGUAGGUCGUGGUUUACUUAAGGGUUUUUCGUUUGAUUUCUCAAGGAUUAAGAUACGGGUGGGAGUUAAUUAAUCUGGUGGAGGGCCGCAUUUGAGUAGUUACGAUUUCGGUUAUGAGAAAGAGCUACACCUCUAAUCUUGGCUGGAUAUCGAGCAAGACACAGCUGACGACGAGAUUGGUCGAAUUCUCGCCACUCUGCGCGUACCUUCAAAGUGGCUUUUCGGUCUCGGUGAGCUGCGAGCGUAUGUCGAAACCUAUCCGCGCUCGGUCGAAACCAUCGCGAGCGACCCAGCAAAAGUUCAGCUUUUGGGCAAGUUGCUUUAUCUUAUGGACCACGAGUAUAAUUUUGACACAGCAAGAGGGACUUGUUCGACGCUAAUCGUACUAUUCUCAGAAUUUUAUUUUAAGAUUGCAACUAGUAGUACAUGCGCAUGAUCAACAAGUACUACUAGUGAUGCAUACUAUGCUGGUUUUUUCUCUAAUUCCAAGACAUCCCGGUUACAGAAGAAGAUGGAC